AUGUCGUGUGAUAUCUUGCCUGAGAAUGGCUCUUCGGUCUCUGUUAAGUUGAUAGUGAUCUACAGGCCACCAUACAGUCGAAGGAAUAGGACAACAACAUCUAUGUUUCUCCAGGACUUUGCUGAUUACUUAUCUGUCUUAUCAACUUCCCCUUCUAAGCUUGUGAUAGCCGGUGACUUCAAUAUACACUGGGAUGACCAAGCGAAUGUUGAAACCAAGAAAUUUGCUGACAUGCUGAAAUCUCAUGACCUUCUUCAAAAUGUAUGUGACUUUACACAUACAAGUGGGCACAUCUUGGACUACAUCUUAUCUAGAAGCGAUGAUGACAUUGUUAAGUCAGUAGAGGUAUCUACCUUCCUUAGUGAUCAUGCAGCUGUACACUGUGACCUUAAGAUCUGUAAGCCCAUAUCAGGUCGUAAAGAAAUAGUGUACCGGAAACUGAAAGCAAUAGAUCAUGAUGCCUUCGCUAAAGACCUCGACUCAUCUGACCUCUUUCAGGAACCAGAGACUGACAUCAACAAGUUGAUCGAUCAAUAUGACGGAACUCUUUCAGAUAUUCUCGACAAGCAUGCUCCCGUUAAGCGUUGUGUUGUUGCCACACAUCCGCCAAAUCCUUGGUAUUCGGAAGUAAUCACUGAGGCAAAGAAGCUGAGGAGGAGGUUAGAAAGGAAGUGGCGAAAGACCAGACUUGAAGUGGAUAGACAGUGCUUCAAAGUUCAACGCCAGGUUGUCUGGGACAUGGUAAAACAUGCAAAGGCCUCUUAUUACGAGAAGCAGAUCUCAGAGUGCUGUGGACAAAGAGAAGUGUACAGAGUCAUAGACAAGAUGCUUCACAAUCGCGUCAAAUCUAUUCUACCUACACAUCGCAAUGACCAAGAACUUGCGGAAAAGUUUUGCCUAUACUUUUCCACAAAGAUUAAGGACAUUCGAGAAGGGCUUGAUGCUGAAAUGGUAGCUGGCACUAAUAUAAUAACUGAUCAUUCUGCUGGGAAAGAUGAACAUCUUGACACCUUUGAUUUGGCUACUGAGGAGGAAGUAAAGAGGAUUAUUAAUAAUUCUCCAUCCACUUCUAGUUCACAGGAUCCAGUUCCUACGUGGAUUCUGAAAAAAACAUCUAAAUCCUGUUCUGCCAAGCAUUACACUUAUCGUAAAUAA